UGCCAGUGGUCAAAGCCUCAAACAAAGCUUUGCUGAACAUCCCUUAUCUCUCAGAGACAGGCUGUGAAACUCUUUUCUCAGGCCUCAGUUCCCAGUCCUCUAGACUCAGAGAGCUGGACCUGAGUAUAAACAACCUGCAUGAUUCAGGAAUGAGGCUUCUGUCAGCUACAGUCGACAGUCCACAGUGUACACUGGAAACAAUCAGACUGAGUCUCUGUAACCUCUCAGAGAGAAGCUAUGAAGCUCUGUCCUCCAUUCUCAGCUCGCAGUCGUCUACUCUAAGAAAAUUGGACCUGAGUAACUCUGAUCUGCAGGAUUCAUCAGUGAAGCUUCUGUCUGCUGGACUGAGGAGUCCACACUGUAAACUGAAUACUCUGAGACUGAGUCACUGUAAGUUCUCAGAGAGAGGCUAUGAAGCUCUGUUCUCAGCCCUCAGCUCUCAGUCCUCUAGUCUGAGACAGCUGGACCUGAGUAACUCUGACAUGCAGGAUUCAGCACUCAAGCUUCUGUCUGCUGGACUGAGGAGUCCACAAUGCAAAAUGGAAACUCUCAGUCUGUCAGGCUGUCUGAUCACAGAAGAAGGCUGUACUUCUCUAACCUCAGCUCUGAGCUCCAACCCUUCCCAUCUGAGAGAGCUGGACCUGAGCUACAAUCAUCCAGGAGACUCAGGAAUGAAGCUGUUGUCGGCUGGACUGAAGGAUCCAUGCUGGAGACUGAACACACUUAGGAUGGAGCCUGCUGGAGUCCGAUGGUUGAGACCAGGUCUGAGGAAAUAUUCCUGUCAACUCACUAUUGAAACAAACACAGUAAACACAAACAUCAAACUGUCUGAUGACAACAACAAGAAGGUGACACGUGUGAAGGAGGUUCAGUCAUAUCCUGAUCAUCCAGACAGAUUUAAUGUUCAUUACCAGCUGCUGUGUAGAAAUGGUCUGACUGGUCGCUGUUACUGGGAGGUCGAGUGGAGAGGAGACGUUUAUAUAUCAGUGAGUUACAGAAGAAUCGGAAGGAAAGGAGACAGUGAAGACUGCUUGUUUGGAUACAACAAUCAGUCCUGGAGUCUCAGCUGCUCUGAUGAUGAUGGUCCUCGUUCUGUCUGGAACAAUAACAGACAAACAUGGAUCUCCUCCUCCUCCUCCUCUGUCUCUAACAGAGCAGCAGUGUAUGUGGACUGUCCUGCUGGCACUCUGUCCUUCUACAGAGUCUCCUCUGACACUCUGAUCCACCUCCACACCUUCAACACCACAUUCACUGAAACUCUUUAUCCUGGGUUUAGACUCUGGUCUCCUGGUUCCUCAGUGACUCUGUGCUGAGUUGAGUGUUAAGAGUGUCCUCCGGUUAGAGAAACACUCUGACAGUUGAGCAGAUAGUUCAGUCUGUAUAUGUCUGUCUCUUUCACUCGUUUUCAGAUUCAUGGAUUCAAUCAGUUGAUGUUUUAAACUGCUCUAAAUGAUUCGUUGUAAACUGCAUCCUCUUCAGUCCUUUAAAGAUGGAAGCUUCACAGUGAACACCAGUAUGCUGUGUUUCUCUGAAGCUCAGUUCAUAACCAGGUCCUCUGCAUUUUCUACAAGUCUGAGCUCAAUAAAAUGAAUCGAAAUGUUUGAUUUCUCUUUUUGAUAGGAUUUUUCGAAUGUAAUGGGAAAAUUCUAGUUAACCCUCACAUUUAGAUUUACGUUGUUAGAACUUCACUGUAUGAUUUUUGUAAAACCUUUGCAUGCAUGCAACCCAUACAUUAUUGUGUUCAGCAACAGCCUGGGUUGGACAAAAGACUGUUGUAACUGAAAAGAUACAUAGAGUUUGUGUGAUGUUAUAAAAGGGGCACUGCGACGCCCCAAGGUUGGAAUGCUCAUUACUAUGAACCUGUUAUACUUUGAUGUGUGCGUGUUCUCUUGCACAUAGUGAUAAAUUGUUUGACCACAGCUCUUUCCGUGUUGCAGACUUUAUUUACAAAAUUCUACGACACCAAGCUUUCUACAUGCUCUUAUUGUUUCAAUCAAUUUAAAAAAAAUUUCAGAUAUAAAAGAUGAGAAUACUGGAUCAGUAGUUUUUAAUAGAGUUAUAACCAUGAUAUGUUUUGUAUUGUGAUAUCAUAAUGCAUGUGACUAAUCUAAUAAAUCGCAAAUUUACAUCUUAAUGAAUGAAACCACUUUAAUAAAGUUGAUCAGCUGUU